ACAGAUCCUGUUCAAGUAAGGUCGUGACCAAUGAUGCUUUCUAGACAUAUAUAAACAAGCUAUAGAUUUUCUGUCUCUCCGAUGUGGGACUUUUAUCUCCCAACUUUCUUGUGACACGUGUAGUUAAUUAUUAGUUAAACUGUUUUUUUUCUUUUUAACUGUUAUAAAGACAGUGGCUUUAUCUAUGGUUUGGUCCAUCAUCAUCCAAUUGGGGUCGUCUUAACUUUCUGGGCGAAUACUUAAUUGUUCGGAGUUUCUUCUUCUUCACUGAGUUCAGUGUUCAGGGACUGUAAAGGUGUAGACUUUACAAAGAAAUAUGCUGGUUUGUCUGGGUUUCCUCGUGGAUGAUUAUGUUUUAGUAUUUGACAGUGGUGGGUUUGAUUCAUGUCCUUGAUGAGCUCGUCAUUAGUCUUAUGCCACUGCUUAUCUUAUCAUACGAUGAGAUUUGUUCCUAGUGAGGGUAAGAAGGAUAAUAAGAGAAGAAGAAGCUGGUGGCAGAGGUUUUUCUUUGAUGAUGAUGAUGUGAAUUGGCUUGGUUUGAGGGAUGACGACAUUGUUGAUGAGAUGUCUGAUGAAGAGAAGUUGGAGACUUGGAAGAGACGAGCAGAUGCCCAUUGUGAAGUUACGAGACUCUGCUGGUCGUGAGGGAAGUGACGACCAAUCAGAUUCAGAGCUUGAUGAAUUAACUGGUCCUCAGAAAGGGUUGGUUAAAAUGUUGAGGGUAUGAUAUGGUUUUAGGAGUAGAAGAGGAUGAUAUUCUAUACGAAGAAGACAAGACCGUGUUUUUGCUUAUGCAUCUUCGAAAUCGGCAAUUUUUUUUAGCGAUAUUGAUCGUCAUACCAUGGGCACUGGACUUUCUAGCCCAUGAUUAUAUAUGUAAAGACUGUACCACUUGCUGCCAAGACGCUUGAUGUGAGACGCAGUCAGAAGCGUCUCCACCUCUUUCUGAUGAUGAUUUAUGGUGGGAGUUGCGGGGUAUAGCCCUCGCUAUUGUUGUUUUCGGGUGCGAGAAGAGUGGGAGAUUAGAGAACCGGAAAGCAUUUGCCAACAUAUGGUCUGAUAUGGUGUUUGGGAUCUCGCUCUUUUGUUAUUUUGUAUGCCAAACAGAGUAAAGUAGCCUUGUUAAAAGUUUACAGGAUAUCAGACACGGGGAAAGCAUUUCUCAUCAUCCUUGUCACCGACAUUUUCUUGGGGUACCAAUUCUGAAUCUGGAGUGGGAGACAUUGUUAGAAUUAAUAAUGGAACAUUAUGGUCUUGCAGUUGAGCAAUCUACUAUAACAGAUUUACACCAUUUUAAACCAAGUCAAGUACAUAUAAGAUUUACGUAUAGAUGCUGCAUAGAUCAUCCAUGAUAUGCAUAAGCUAAUGAUAAAACAUACUACUAUACUAGGUAGCAUUUUGUUACUAAGCAUAGCAUAUUCACCAUUACUUUACUAGACUUCUUAAGAGAUGAUACUGUAGCUUCCUUCCUCAAUUUAGCAUGGCGGAUUUCAAGGGCCAGUUACAAGUUAAAACCUAUAAUAAGCAUCAUCUUGUAUGAUUUAAUUGUAUCAUUAGUAUACACCAUUUGCUAUGAUAAUAGUCAAAAUCUGAAGCAGACAAAUCCCAAAAGCACACAAAAUAGUGUCUGAAAUUAAAAGCAUAUUUGUAAUGGUGAAUAUGCAUUAAAUUUGAUUCGAUCCGAUAUUUGCUUUGCUUCGAUCCAAAAAAUCCGGAUAUCCGUAAAGUUUCGAAGAAAAGCAAAUAUUAAAAAUUAAUAUUCGUUAAAAACAAAGCAAAUCACAAAUAUUAAAAUUUUAAGAACCGAAUAUCCGCUCCAACAACUAUAUAAAUACAUAUAUAAAUAUAUUGAUUAAAUAUAGAGUUUUAAAUAUAUAAGUUUAUAUAAUUGUUAUUUUAACGUAUGAUUUAAUAAAUUUUAUCACAUUAUUACUUAUAAAAAUAUUAAAAUAAAAAUAAAAAAAUUAUGAUAUCUAUAACUUUUUCUUAAGUUUGUCUUUCUUAUAACUAGUUUCAAAAUUUACAAACAUAUAAUUUGACUAAUUCUUUUAUUUUUUAUUUUAUAUAUCGUGUAAAUAUUGUAAAAAACAAAUUUAUUCCGAUUUUUCUAGAUUAUUUGUAUUAACUAAAACGAAAGGAUAUAUCCGUAAGUUUUCUUAAAUAUCUACAAAUAUAUACAUAUUUUCUGGAUAUCCGCAAAUAUAUGAUCUAUGCCCAGCCCUACUUGUCCAAGCAGAAAAUGUCUCCUUUGUUUUCUACUGCACUUAAAACAAGAAAUUGUAAAGUGAAAACAUGACAAAAUAAGGAAAAAAUAGAGAGGAAUGUCUGACUUAUCUGGCAGUCAGCAAUUCCAUGUGAGACCAUUACUAGCAGCCUUUGACCGAAUCCUAGCCCUUCAAAGGCUUACGCAACAUUUUAGUUGCAUAAACAGAACUUUAAUUUUUGACUAGGAAAGUUGACCAAAAAAAAAAAAAUUUGACUAGGAAAAUAUUUUUUAUAUUUAUUACGCCAUCAUAAUUAUCAAACCAUGCACGAUGUUCUGAAUAUUAUGCGUCAUAACUAUUGUUAAAUCCUAAAAGUAAAGAUUAAAAUGCAUUAGUUGACUAUGAUUCUAUAAAAACCUCUUGAGAGGUAUAUAGUUGGUUUGAUAGAAGAGAACACAGCUCAUCUUCUUCUUUCAUCCGCCAAGAUCGGAUCCUAUCCAUCUCUCCUCCACCACCUUAUCUCAACAAGUUAACACAAUCCCACCAAACAAAUAACAAAAACAUUUUUUUAUUCUUUUCUUAGACAGAGAGGGAGAUUUUGGGGGCUUGUGUUCUUCUCCUUCUCUUCAUUGAAAGUUGUCUUUUAUUUUUAUAUUUCUUGUUGGAUUUUGUUUGGUUAGAUGGGUAAUGUAACAUCAAAUGUGGCGGCCAAGUUAGCCUUCUUCCCACCUGAGCCGGCUACAUACACCGUAACGAAUGAUGAAGAGACCGGGAAUCUGAUCUUCUCAGGAGUCUCGCCUGACAUGAACAUGGAAGUCCAUCAGCUCAGCACAAAGUCAGGCAACAGAGUUGUGGCCACGUUCUGGAGACACCCUUUUGCUAGAUUCACGCUUCUCUAUUCUCAUGGCAAUGCCGCUGAUCUUGGCCAAAUGGUCGAGCUCUUCAUCGAGCUACGUGCUCAUCUCCGUGUCAACAUCAUGAGUUAUGACUAUUCAGGGUAUGGAGCUUCAACAGGAAAGCCGUCAGAGUUCAACACAUAUCAUGACAUUGAGGCAGUGUACAAUUGCUUGAGAGGCGAUUAUGGGAUCAAGCAAGAGGAGGUGAUUCUGUACGGACAGUCUGUAGGAAGCGGGCCAACGCUGCACAUGGCUUCAAGAUUGAAGAGGCUGAGAGGAGUUGUUCUUCACAGCGCCAUUCUCUCUGGCAUUAGAGUCCUGUAUCCUGUCAAAAUGACACUCUGGUUCGAUAUUUACAAAAACAUAGACAAGAUACGCCAUGUCAACUCUCAAGUUCUUGUCAUACAUGGAACAAAUGAUGAGAUUGUGGAUUUGUCUCAUGGGAAGCGGUUGUGGGAGCUGGCCAAGGAGAAGUAUGAUCCGUUAUGGGUGAAAGGAGGAGGGCAUUGCAACCUCGAGACUUAUCCUGAGUACAUUCAGCACCUGCGCAAGUUCAUAAACGCAAUGGAGAAACUCUCUCUAACCAACCCACCAUCAAAACAACUAGCCAACGAGCCUAGUAUCACUGAAACUAAACAUAACCGGUGCUUGAGAUUUCGGAAAAAGUAGGAUGGGUUAGUGGCAUAAUCAGAAGGCAGUUGGUAGAUUCCUUCCUUUGCAUUCGCAUGUGCUUUCAACUCAGAACACUCAGAAGCUGCUCAAAUGGGAUCUCUUCAGAGUUCAGACUCAAAAACCUUGUGCAGAGUCAUUUCCUCAGUGUGAUAAAGAAACAAUGCUAAAACACUGGCUCACAGACAAUGGCGAUCAUCUAGGGAUGUAUUUACUGUAGAAUGUAGCUCUCUGUUCUUGGAUAUUCCUGUAAAAAACAUGUAUUGUUGUAACACUAAGUUUGGGGGAUUGUAAAA